AUGGGUAAAGAUUUUGUAAGAUGCACAUAUAAGGAGCUUUGCACAGAAGACGGAGUAACAAUCCUUGUGACAGACUACGGCGACGGCAAUGGAACCGACUUCAUUAUGAGCUCCACUGCAUACUCUAAGUUAGCCCAGCCUGACAAAACUAAACAAUUAAUAUCACUGGGUGUGGUGGACAUCGAAUAUAAAAGAAUAUUUUGUAAUUAUCCUGGGUACAAUCUGAUGAUCAAGAUCGACAAAAGCAGCAAGUUUCCCGACUAUCUGGCAAUAGAGUUCUGGUAUCAAGCAGGCCUAAGGGACAUUUUAACAGUCGGGCUUUCCCAGAUUAAAAAUGGCGAGCCAAUGACACAAAUGAAACGAAACCACGGUGCAGUGUGGGAUGUGCUUAACCCUCCAAAUGGCGCUCUUUGGGUGCGCUUCUUGGUAAGUUCAGGCAGAAGCGCAUUCCAAUAUAUAGAGACCGUCAAUGCAAUUCCAGCUAAUUGGACGGCAGGGGCUCUCUAUGACUCCGGCAUUCAGACCAGUUAA